AUCCGUAAUUCCCUGAAAUAUGGAGGCAGACUCGGAUUCAUUUCCAGUUGAGUACAUGAAAGGAGUUUCUGGGGAAUUAAUACUUGAUUCAGCAGAAAACAUCUCAUCCAACAUAUCGUAUGCAGCAGGAGGCCCAGGCAGCUUGCAGGCUGUCGUUUAUGCAAUGAAUUCAGCAAAAGUGGAAGUUUCAGACAGUACUGUAGCAGACUCUCAGAAAAAUUGCUGUACUGAGAAGGCCCAACCUGACUGCAGCCAGAGAAUGAAGGAAUUGACGUCUGUAUUUGUAGGAUGUGGUUCCUGGGAAGAACAAGAAUUAAAUGUGAAAGGCCUGAUGUCAGAAUAUGCACAUGAAGAACCAGGUCUAGAGACCAGCCGCCAGUGGGAGAAGGAACGAACAAAUGUGGAGAUUGGACCACCCGAGACACAGAAGGCUGGUGUUUAUGGCCGCUGUGGGAAUGGAGUCUUGGCUGUAUAUUAUGAUCUAUCUCUGGGAAUAAUUCUCAACAGUUUCCAGCAGGGAGCUAUUAAUAAUCAACAGUUGGUUGGUAAAUUAAGUGUCAGCGUGCAAUAUCAUUCAUUUCAUAACUGCAGAGCUGAGAAAAAGAUUGUGUUCACAACGUCGUAUAUCCAGACCUCAGUGGUUGUGGUACAUUCUGCCAGUGGUGUUUAG